GAGGAAGAUAAAGAGAGAAAUGUUUCUGUUUAUCUCUGUUGUUCUGUGGUUGGACACAUUUGUCAAUGUUGUUUGAUUAUAAUAAUCUCAACAAUAAUAAUUAUUAGCGAUUAAUUGAAGUGUUUAUUUUAGUCAAUAUAGAAGUGAAUUAUUACUUAAUUUCUCAUAAAAAGAGAAAAAAAAUAGUUACAACUUAGGCGUACAGUUUGACAUCUCAACAACAUAACCUCAAAGAAUCAUGAUAUGUCAAAGACAGCACAUUAACUUAUUUCAGAUGUCAUGAAUCUCACCCUAUCGGACAGUUUAGUGGGGCGACAGAGGAGUCGACAAUGGACCCCUUUAGUAACACAACAGUGCCGUCUGCGUCACGUCCACCAAAUAAUCGGCUUGAAUUUCCCCCCUUUACCGAAAAAAGGCAGUUACUACUUUACUCUCCACUUGACUACGAUGAGUUCCCCAUUCUACACCAGCGACAAGAUUGGAAACACCAACCCCAAAUGGCCCGAAUUGGAUCAACGCAAUUUGACGAAUUUGGCCACAACCGCGUUGGUUUUGCGAGUGUGGCGCCACAUUGGUGAUCCCCCAGAUACGAUAGUUACCACUUGGGGAGUAAACCUAUCAGGACUCAUCUACUUAGGAAGUAAAUUAGCUGAAAUCCAGCCGGCUUUCUUUCACCCCAAAACUGUGAUAUUUUAUAUAAGGGGCGGGUUUUUUACGAGUAGGCAUGCGGUGAAUGACGAGGACCACAAAAAGCCUCCUUUUUUAAACAAUAUUAAUAUCAUUGAUGUGGGGGGAAACAAACAGAUUUUUAAGAAAACGGCUGUACAAACGGCAAAAAGUGAGGUUAGGAGUAGUUACAAUAUUAAUAAGUUGAGGAAAUUGCACAGUUUACAAGUCACUAUUAAAAAUAAAGGUCUAGAUGUGCAAGUCGUUAGGGAGAAAAUUGAAGUCAAGUGUGGUACAAACAGCACAGAAACAAAUUUCCCAGAAAGUACCCAAAUUUCUAGUCCUAAUAAUAUUAGAUAUGCACCGCAGUUGCUUACUAUGAAGUCGGUCAAUAAAAUGCUGGAGCAAAAACCGACAAAAAUGCAAAGAAAAGAAAUGGAAAAGAUGCGAAACGAAAUUGAGAUUGAAAAAUUCCGUAGCAAAUUACUAUCACAAGAGCGUGAUAAAAAGUCAGUAUUAAUACGGCGUUUCAAAAACAAACUAAAAGAGUUGGUUGACUUGAACGAAAAAACAAAUAUAGAAUUAAUGGAUAACUACUAUCAACUAAGCCGCGAGAGCGAGCACUUGAAGAAAAUGAAGAAAGACAUGGCUUGUAAUCAGGAGCUGUUGAUGACUCUAUAUUCGCAACUGAAUCAACGCAGGAGGCAAUUAUUGCAACAGUUGUUGUUUAUCUACCCAAUACAACAAAUCUCUGAGAAAAAGUACACAAUUCAUGGGAUUUACCUACCAAAUUCGGACAUUUUAUCAGACUGCUCCGAUAUGGGGAUUUCCGUGGCAUUGGGGUACAUAACCCACGUGUUAUUGAUGACCUCCACGUUCCUGCAAGUGCCCUUAAGAUACCCAAUGACACAUUACGGUUCAAGAUCAUACAUUACCGACCAUGUGUCACCGAUUUUACCCGACCGGGAACGAGAGUACAAACGUCAAGUUGGCAAUCCUGAUUUGAUUUACUUGUACAUUUUUAGCUUCCCACUGUUUACCAAAGGCAAAGAAAAAAUUCAGUUUACUUACGCUGUUUAUCUUUUAAAUAAGAAUAUUGCUCAGUUGAGGUGGUUGUAUUUUAUGCACACACCUGAAUUGAAAGCAACGUUGCCGAAUCUACUAACUUUUCUUGAAGGGCGAGACUGCAAAGAAACCCUUCCGUUAGUUACGAUUAGUUUAGGUUUAAAUCCAGAAGCUGAUCAUCGAGUACCGGAAAUGAAAAUUAGCGAGUUUCCAAAAAAAUGUAGUAAUGUGGUCAGGAGUAGUGAGUGUGGGCCAGGAUUAAGCGAGAUUUUAGCAAUUCCGGAAGCUUUUAUGAAUAAACUAAUCACGUCGGAUUCUUUUAAAAAUUAUAUUGCUUUGAAAAAAACAGCAGACGAGACUAGCGCUUCAAUUGUUAUAAAAGAAGGCAUCGUUGAUGAAAACAACAAAAACUGUGAUAAUAGUGAAGAAGCCAUUGAGCAAGGAACGGAUACACUUGAUCCUUCUGCGGAUUUGGAGGGCAAGUCCAUAGAUUUAAACGAAGAUAAACAAGGGGACAGGAAAAUGGAUGAUAGUCAAACGGAACUAUUGGAGAAGUGGAUGAAAAACGGAACUUCCUCUGAAUGUUGUAGCAAUGUUGGAAGUUUGGUUCAAACUUGUGAAAAUUUUUCCGAAAUUGCAGUACAAAGUGUCGAUAGUCCACUGAUGGCUAGGACCGAUGCAUUGCGUACCACGAAAUCAUUCAACUUGGUCAAGCCAAAACCGAAUUUGUGAUUGUUUUAUCGAAUUAUUUAAGAUUUUAUUUUUUAAUUCAAAAUCUCUAGGUAUUUAAUACUACAUUUCUGUUUUCAUUUAAAGAAGUUAUUGUUAAUUUCAAAUUAAUUUACACAAUAAAUAUUUAUUCCAUUUUAA